GUUCCCGCCUCUCCCUCCAGUCUUCAGUCCACAAGAAGCAUUGUAAAGCAGGUUGAAGAACAAGCUUGACUUGGUCCUGGAUACUGUUGACUUGAAGAUUCCAUCUGUUUCACCAGGACUUUAGGGAGGCAGUUUCAGCAGUAUAGAAGGAAGCAGUACUUAAGGACUUCUCUGUACUGGUCAUGUGCCAAGUUACAUUUUGAACAGUGGGGCAGGUGAAGGACAGCUUUGGCACCUGGAUCUAAGGAGAAACCUGAAUUCCCUGAGUUUACAGAUGUGAUGUUUGGGAAGCUAUAAACUCAGCCUUUCAACCUGAACAAUUUUCUGGAUUCUUUCUUUCUUUCUUUCUUUCUUUCUUUCUUUCUUUCUUUCUUUCUUUCUUUCUUUCUUUUUUUGACUUAAAAAAACACAGGUUCCUUGGGAAAAAGAUAUAAAGCCCCCCUUUCCCCUCACUUUGAGCUAAUGUGAACAAUAAUGUCUUGGAAAAGAAAUUACUUUUCUGGAAGUCGAGGUAGCGUUCAAGGAAUGUUUGCACCUCGGAGCUCAAUGUCUAUUGCCCCCAGCAAAGGCCUCAGCAAUGAGCCAGGGCAGAACAGCUGCUUCCUCAACAGCGCCCUGCAGGUUUUGUGGCACUUGGACAUCUUCCGCCGUAGCUUUCGGCAGCUUACAACUCACAAGUGCAUGGGUGAUUCCUGCAUCUUCUGUGCUCUCAAGGGCAUCUUCAACCAGUUUCAGUGUAGUAGUGAAAAAGUGCUUCCUUCUGACACUCUCCGCAGUGCUCUGGCCAAGACUUUCCAGGAUGAGCAACGGUUCCAGCUGGGGAUUAUGGAUGAUGCUGCCGAAUGCUUUGAAAACCUCCUGAUGAGAAUUCACUUCCAUAUUGCGGACGAAACCAAAGAGGAUAUAUGUACUGCCCAACACUGCAUUUCCCACCAGAAAUUUGCAAUGACAUUGUUUGAGCAGUGUGUAUGUACUAGCUGUGGCGCCACUUCUGACCCACUGCCUUUCAUCCAGAUGGUGCAUUACAUCUCUACUACUUCCCUUUGUAACCAGGCUAUUUGUAUGCUGGAAAAGCGAGAGAAACCUUCACCAAGUAUGUUUGGUGAGCUACUUCAGAAUGCCAGCACCAUGGGGGACCUGCGGAACUGUCCGAGCAACUGUGGAGAGAGAAUCCGGAUCCGCCGUGUGUUGAUGAAUGCACCACAGAUUAUCACAAUUGGGCUGGUUUGGGACUCAGACCACUCAGACUUGGCAGAGGAUGUCAUUCACAGUCUGGGCACCUGCCUUAAGCUGGGUGAUCUGUUUUUCAGAGUGACAGAUGACCGGGCCAAGCAGUCUGAACUAUACUUAGUAGGAAUGAUCUGUUACUAUGGCAAGCAUUACUCUACAUUCUUUUUUCAAACAAAGAUCCGAAAAUGGAUGUAUUUUGAUGAUGCUCAUGUCAAGGAGAUUGGUCCAAAGUGGAAGGAUGUGGUCACCAAAUGCAUUAAAGGGCAUUAUCAGCCCUUGCUGCUGCUCUAUGCAGAUCCCCAGGGUACUCCAGUGUCUGCCCAGGACCUGCCUCCCCACGCUCAGUUCCUGUCAUACACCAAGACAUGCUACGAUAGUGAAGACUCAGGGAGGGAGCCUUCCAUCUCAAGUGACACUCGAACAGAUUCCUCAACGGAGAGCUAUCUCUACAAACAUUCUCACCAUGAGUCUGUGGUCAGUCACUUCUCUUCCGAUUCUCAGGGGACAGUCAUCUAUAAUGUGGAGAAUGACUCCAUGUCUCAGAGCAGUCGGGACACAGGACACCUGACUGAUAGUGAAUGUAAUCAGAAACACACAUCGAAGAAAGGGUCCCUGGUAGAUCGAAGGAGGAGCUCUGGCCGUGUUCGGAGGAAAGGCGAAGAGCCACAGGCUUCAGGGUACCACAGUGAAGGAGAAACACUGAAAGAGAAACAGGCUCCUAGGAAUGCCUCCAAAUCCAGCAGCACCAGCAGGCUAAAGGAUUUCAAAGAGACAGUCAGCAAUAUGAUCCACAGCAGGCCUUCCUUGGCUUCUCAGACCAAUGCAGGAUCUCCUUGUGUAGGCAGGGCAGGAGACCAGCCAGACAAGACACCACCAAGACACCUACCUUUACACUCUCGGGGCUGGGAAACGGAGAGUACCAGUAGUGAGGCAAAAUCCAGUUCUUCCAGCAAGUACCGCCCAACAUGGAGACCUAAACGAGAAUCUCUGAAUAUCGACAGCAUUUUUAGUAAGGACAAAAGGAAGCAUUGUGGCUACACCCAGCUUAGGACCUUUCCUGAAGAAGCAGCUAAAGAAUUUACACCAGAUGAAGUAAACAAGCCAACUACUAACAACAUUAAAGAUGGUGGACCAAGCUUACAGCAUAAAUUCUGGGGAACAACCCGACCAGGCCCUCAUCUAUUAGAGCAGCAUCCUCGUCUAAUCCAGCGGAUGGAAUCUGGCUAUGAGAGCAGCGAGAGGAACAGCAGCAGCCCUGUCAGUUUGGAUGCUGCCCCGCCUGAGAGCUUGAAUGUGUACAGGGAUCAAAGCACAAAAAAACCUGUUGGGUUUGUCCCUUCUUGGCGUCAUAUUCCAAAGUCUCACAGUAGUGGCAUCCUGGAGGUAGACUCUACAGCACCCAUGACCGGCUGGACAAAGACUCAACCUCUCUCAGCUGGGGAGAUCACCUCUAAAAGUGAGUUGGAUGAACUACAGGAAGAAGUGGCGAGGAGGGCUCAGGAACAGGAACUUCGGAAGAAACGGGAGAAGGAAUCAGAGGCUGCUAAAGGGUUUAAUCCUCAUCCCAGCCGAUACAUGGACUUGGAUGAACUACAGAGUCAGGGGAGGAGUGACGGCUUUGAAAGGUCCUUGCAAGAGGCAAAUUCAAUAUUUGAAGAGUCGCUGCAUCUGGAACAAAAGGGAGACUGUGCUGCAGCUCUGGCUCUUUGUAACGAAGCUAUCUCUAAACUAAGACUUACCCUGCAUGAUGCCAGCUCUAGCACGCACAGCAGAGCCCUAGUCGAUAAGAAGUUGCAAAUCAGUAUUCGAAAAGCACGAAGCCUGCAGGAUCGCAUGCAGCAACAGCCAUCAUCGCAGCAGCCGGUGCAGCCCUCAGCCUCUCUCCCAUCACAGGGGGGCACCUUCCCUCAGCCAAAAAGUGAACAGCCUAUCCCGCUCCAAGUAUUGUUAAGCCAGGAAGCACAGCUGGAACGCCACAAGGAUACAGAGCUUGGGGCCACUCCCUCUUUGUUCCACUCACCUGCUUCCUGCCCUGAGUUACACUCAUCACUCAUCCCACAGUCACCUGCUUCAUCUGUUCCACAGCACAGUCCCCCUAGGAGAUCUCCCUUGAAGCUUCUGACGUCUUUUGAGGUGGACAAGGUCAAUCACUCUGAAUUCCACAGGCAGGACUUACCUAAAGCAACAGGUAGAAUGGAGAUGAAUUCUCAACAUGAAUGCCUGCCAUUCGAUGCUCUUGAAGAUGGGCUCCAAGGCUGCAGGGAGGACUUGGGCUGUUGCAGCAAAUUCCCACCACAAGAAGGCAGAGUCAUAGCUCAAGACCAGCUGUUCGAAGAAAAAAAUAAUCCUGUUGAUAUAUCCAUGGGGAUGCCUUGGUCACAGUCAACAGGAGAAGCCACUUCUGAGAGAGUUAAAUAUAGCCUAAAUAGUCCUUCAAGUUCAUCAGCUCAGCCUAGCAUUCCCCCUUACAGUGUCUGCAGCCCCAUAAUGUCUGCUGCUGCUUCACCUGUGCUUCAUGCUACUGACCCCAUGCAGAAACUUAACCAACAUCUCCAAGCCCAAAGUCUCCAAACUUCAUUGGCUUCAAAAGUGGUCAGAGGCAGUGAGGAGCCCUAUAGGCCAGAGUUUCCCAGUACAAAAGGACUUGUCCGCUCAUUGGCAGAGCAGUUCCAGAAGAUUCAGAAUACUUCCAUGAGAGAUGUUACAGGUUCCCAGGAUCAAAGUUUGCCAAAUGGUCUAAGGAAGAGCUCUUCUCCUUCUGACUUUAUGCCUCCAUUAUCCCAGGGUCCAGGAAAAGAACACUGUCACUGGGUAAAACAACCCCCUUCUCCAGAUGGCAGGGAAAGACUGCCCUGCUGGGAAGAACCUGUAGGUCAUCCUUCUCUUUCCAGGGACUCUGGGUUUCCUAAUGGUGAAACUUCGAGGAGAGGACAGCCCAGGUUGGCUGAGCCAGAUAUAUAUCAAGGAAAGCUACCCCAAGUAACAGAUAUUAGGCCCAAGGAGCUGGGUAGUAGUGUCAACCUGGGAACUCCUUUGCCUUUGGAUUCUUGGGUAAAUGUCACAAGGCUCUGUGAUUCUCAGGUUAAACACAGGGCUCCUGGGCCAGGAGUCAAGUCUUCCUCCCAUGAUUCCCAUACAUGUAUAACUUACCCAGAAAGAAAUCAUAUCCUUUUGCAUCCACACUGGAACCAAGACACAGAGCAGGAGACCUCUGAACUGGAGUCUCUUUACCAAGCCAGUCUUCAGGCCUCUUCUCAUACUGGCCAUUCUGAUUGGAGGUCACAGGAUGUGGCCUGGCAGCCACUUAGCCUAACAGGCUCUGCAGAUGGCAUGGGGAGGAGACUGCACUCAGCCCCUGGUCUUGAUCUCUCAAAGACUUCAACAGCAGAAAUGGAGCAUGUUCUUUAUGAACCGAGCACAGUGCCUGUCUCUCAGGAUUCAUCAAACGUGAGGAAAAAGACUUUGGAAACCGGGCACCAUUGUUCCAGCUCCUCUUCCCUCCCUGUCAUCCAUGAUCCUCCUGUAUUUCUCCUUGAUCCUAAACUCUACCCUCCCCAACCACAGUUCCUGUCCCCAGAUGUCCUGAUGCCCAGCAUGGCAGGGGAGCCCUAUAGACCCCCAGGAACUUCGAGGAGUGUCCAACAGUUUCUGGCUAUGUGUGACAGGGAUGAAACUCCCCAAGGGGUCAAGUACACAGGAAGGACUUUGAACUACCGAAGUCUACCUCAUCGUUCCAGAACUGAUGCUUCCUGGGGACCAGGGUCAGAGACCAACCAGCACAUUGGGGCCAGAGUCCUAACUACGCCAGCAUGCAAGCCUCAGCUAACCUACACUGCCACACUACCAGAAAGACAUCAGGGCCUUCAGGUUCCUCAUGCUCAGUCCUGGGGGAAUCUUUUCCACUCACCCUCCCAUCCUUCUGCUGUUCACCCAGAGUCCCCACCAUCCAAUAAUCUUCAUGUACCCCUUAGAUCAGUUUGGAAUUCAGGUCCUGUUCUAGGCUCCCGGACACCUGGUCCUCGAAGAAUAGAUAUGCCCCCAGAUGAUGACUGGAGACAGAGCAGUUAUCCCUCCCAGUAUAGACAUAGGAGGACAGGAGAGGAAAGAAUUAUGUUCGUUCUACCAAAUUCCACUGGCAGAGAGCAGAACAGGGUGAAAUUUUUACAGCACAGCAGGUGGUAAAGCUUAUCCUAACCUCUCCUGGAGCCACACCUUUAUAGAAUUGUACGGUGGCACAGUGAUACUUGGCAUCCUGCCAGUUAUGCUGGUCUCAUCUCAACACAGACUUGGCCAUUUCAGUCCAGGCAUCAUAUGCCUGUUAAUCCCAGCAGUUGGGAGGUAGAGGCUGGAGAAUUAGCAUUUCAAGGCCAGAGACUCUGGGGUAAAAAGAGACCGUGGAUUUUGUUUGUUUGUUUUUAGAAGAACGGAACCAUCACAACAAAAAAAAGACAUUGAUUUUUCCUAAAGAUGUUUGCUUCUUUGAAAGGGAAUAUUUGAAAUUCCAGCUUUAGAGUUGGGGAUGUAGCUCAAUUGGCAGAGUGUUUUCCUAACAUGCACAUAACCCAUGGUUAUAUCCUUAGCAGUGUGUGAAACUGGGUAUGAUGGUGCACAACUGUCAUCCUAGCACUUGGGAGAUGGAGGGAGGAGCAUCAGAAGUUCAGGUUCCUUCUUGGCUACAUAGCAAGUUCUAGGCUAGUCUGGGCUACUUUAUUUCUGGUUACUUUAAGCCCCCAUCUCCAUCAGAGCCCUCGUCUUCUGGUCCUAUAUUCCCAACUUAUACUCUUUGUUUAUCCACCUGUCCAUAUUACCUAACUUCCCUAUCCCCUAUCAAUGGAGAGGGGUAUCUAUCCCUGUAGUCAGUAUUCUGAUCACGUCCUUAAGGGAAGCCCAGCUGCCCAGGUAUUAUGGCCUGUCAGCCUUCCUUGUGACUCAGACUUUAGGCCUAGAAUGUGGAGCUGCCAAUAUAGUAUUUGCUCUUCUGAAGAGAUGGAGUUGGGCACACUAACACACCCUCCUGUCCUCAGCAGCAGAGCCAUUACUGCCACUUGCUCAGUCACCGUUGUAAACUGUCAAGAGUCAGCUAAACUAUUUUAGGGCAAAGCAUACUGUUUUUGUAAAGUAUUUUUCAUUAAUAAAUCUAUAAGAUAGUUGUAUUUAA